CGAGAGAUUUACCUCAGAGAAACAAAAACACAACUUGCGAAGAAUAUGGCGACCGAAGAUGUGAACGAGCCCCUCCCGACGGCGGCGGCGGAGUUACCGGCGACUGAGGCGGAGAAACAACCGCACAAGCUCGAGAGAAAGUGGAGUUUCUGGUUCGAUAACCAAUCAAAGAAAGGCGCCGCCUGGGGAGCUUCUCUUCGUAAAGCCUACACAUUCGACACCGUCGAAGAGUUUUGGGGUUUGCAGGAGACUAUAUUCCAGACUAGCAAAUUGACAAUGAAUGCUGAGAUUCACUUGUUCAAAGCUGGUGUUGAGCCAAAGUGGGAAGAUCCUGAGUGUGCUAAUGGAGGGAAGUGGACUUGGGUUGUUACCAAUAACAGGAAGGAAGCUUUAAACAAUGGCUGGCUUGAAACUUUGAUGGCUUUAAUUGGGGAGCAGUUUGAUGAGGCGGAUGAGAUAUGUGGUGUGGUUGCUAGUGUCCGUCCGGGUGCGAAGCAAGAUAAGCUUUCGUUAUGGACUAGGACGAAAUCUAAUGAAGCUGUUCUGAUGGGUAUUGGGAAGAAGUGGAAGGAGAUACUUGAUGUCACCGACAAGAUAUCUUUCACUAACCAUGACGAUUCGAGAAGAAGCCGGUUCAGUGUCUGAAGAAACCAGUGUGAAAACCAGAGGAAGUUGCAAUAUGGCUUUUUCUUGCAUUGUUUUGGUCAGUUUACUCAAAUAGCUGAGACCUUUAGGGACACGCACUUUUGAGGUGUAACUCUACAAAGUUUUCUGUUUUCAUGAAAAAAGAAUUUGAUUUUAAUUAAGUUGAGUUAUAUAAAUCUCUUUUGGAAGCAUCAAAUUUUUGGACUAAUAGAGAGGUGCUGCUACUCUCUUCCUAGCAACCACCUAAUGCUAA